GGGCCCGCGCAGGGGGCGUGACCGGGGCAUGUGGUACGGAAGCGGCGAGGCGGCAGCGGCGGGCUGAAUCUCCAAGGUCUGUGGUCUGGUUGAAAGAUGUCGGCCCUCACUGCUCUGUUUAAGUACGUUGAUGAGAAUCAGGAUCGCUACGUUAAGAAACUUGCAGAAUGGGUGGCCAUCCAGAGCGUGUCUGCGUGGCCGGAGAAAAGAGGCGAGAUCAGGAGGAUGAUGGAGGUCGCCGCCGCUGACAUCAAGCAGCUGGGGGGCUCCGUGGAGCUGGUGGACAUUGGGAACCAGAAGCUCCCUGAUGGCUCGGAGAUACCACUUCCACCCAUUUUACUUGGCACACUGGGCUCCGACCCGCAGAAGAAAACGGUGUGCAUUUAUGGACAUCUGGACGUGCAGCCGGCAGCCCUGGAGGACGGCUGGGACAGCGAGCCCUUCACCUUGGUGGAGCGAGACGGCAAACUGUACGGGAGAGGAGCCACCGAUGAUAAGGGGCCAGUGGCCGGCUGGAUGAACGCCCUGGAAGCCUUCCAGAAAACGUGUCAGGAAGUCCCCGUCAACGUCCGCUUCUGUCUGGAGGGCAUGGAGGAGUCUGGCUCUGAAGGCCUGGACGCACUGAUCUUUGCCCAGAAGGAUGCGUUCUUUAAGGGUGUGGACUACGUCUGUAUCUCCGACAACUACUGGCUGGGAAAGAACAAGCCCUGCAUCACCUACGGGCUCCGGGGCAUCUGCUACUUCUUCAUCGAGGUGGAAUGCAGCAACAGGGACCUGCACUCCGGCGUGUAUGGCGGCUCGGUGCACGAGGCCAUGACCGACCUCAUCAUGCUGAUGGGCUGCUUGGUGGACCGCAAGGGGAAGAUCCUCGUCCCAGGCAUCAGUGAGGCGGUGGCCUCCGUGACAGACGAGGAGCUGGAGCUCUACGACAAGAUCGACUUCGACCUGGAGGAGUACGCCCGGGAUGUGGGGACAGAGGCCCUGCUGCACGACUGCAAGAAAGACAUCCUGAUGCACAGAUGGCGGUACCCGUCCCUCUCCCUCCACGGGAUCGAAGGUGCCUUCUCUGGGUCGGGGGCCAAGACCGUGAUUCCUCGCAAGGUGGUCGGCAAGUUCUCCAUCAGGCUCGUGCCAGACAUGACUCCCGAAGUGGUCACCGAGCAGGUUACAAGCUACUUGACCAAGAAGUUUGCUGAACUGCACAGUCCCAACAAGUUCAAGGUGUACCUGGGCCACGGCGGGAAGCCCUGGGUAUCCGACUUCAACCACCCUCAUUACUUGGCUGGGAGAAGAGCCCUGAAGACAGUUUUUGGUGUUGAGCCAGACUUGACCAGGGAAGGCGGCAGUAUUCCUGUGACUUUGACAUUUCAGGAGGCCACGGGGAAGAAUGUCAUGCUGUUGCCCGUGGGGUCAGCAGAUGACGGAGCCCACUCCCAGAAUGAAAAGCUCAACAGGCUCAACUACAUUGAAGGCACCAAGAUGCUGGCUGCGUACCUGUACGAGGUGUCCCAGCUGAAGAACUGAGCACCGCCCUCCUCCCGCCACCUCGCGCUCUUCCCGUCGCUCAGGAACGCGGAAGCCUGCCUCUCUCCUUUGCCUCUCCUCACAUUCUCCAGGCCUCCGGGGGUGGACGCGAGACCACCCACCUGUCUCAGGAUGGGGUUAACCUGUCCCGGCAGCGAUAAAUGUUCAGUCCUGGGGGCUUGUAAACGACCCUGGGUGACAGCUGAAUUCUCAGUGGUGUCUCCAGAAAAAUAGCCGAGGCCUAAGAGCACAAGUUCUUCUGUAGAAAGUUCUGGUCGAUGUCCACUGGGCUAAAGAGAGGCCUUGGUGCUUCCUGGUCCCACCUGUGCCCCCAGCGUCAGGGUUGCACACACUUGGAGCAUUGAGUCGCGGGCGCCUGGUGCCUCGAGGGCCACCCUUUUUGUCUGCUGCCGUCUCGGGCACAGUCUUUCCUUUUCUCAACACCUUAACCAUUACUGGUGUUCCACAUCUUCUCUACUACGAUCCCUCAAAACCUAAACCUACUGGGAGAGUUAUUUGAUCUCAAUGUGAGUUGCUAAAUAAAAAAUAAAAUCUGAGCCUCU